AUGGCGUCCCAGCAUGGUGAGGAGGCCGAAUUGAGGCAGCAGGGAGCUAUCGAGACCGCCCAGAUUGCGGCUCAGGACCCCCAGUCCAACUUGCGCCCCGAAGAUGUCGAAAAGGCUUUGCUCGAGGAGACCAAGAAGGCUGGCAUGCCUGCUUACCAAUUCGAUCCUGAUGCUUCUCCCGAGGACAAAGCCGCCGCGGCACAAGCUCGUGUGCCUCCAAAUUUCCACCAUGAACACAAACCAAAAGGAACUGCUGUUAUCACGGAUAAGGAUAAUGGCGGAGCCGAUGAAUACGAACUCCCUCCCAUGAGGUCGGCCACGGACCUGCUCAAGCGGGAAGAAGCAGCUGCCGAGGAAGGGAAGAAGGAGGAAGCAGAGGCCGCCGUAGAGGAGGAUAUGCGAUGGGCUCGCGACAGGACUGGUUGGCAGCCGCAAUUUGUUCAUGAAACGACCGAAGGAGAACAGGAAGAAGGCACAUUAUUAGACCACCAAACCUUCCUGGAAGGCAAAUUGGAUGACAAGUUCUUCGGAGAUUGGUAUCACAAUGCCGGUGUCAUCGUUUUUGCCUGUCUUGGUUCCUGGGUGAUUGCUAUUCUAGGAGGGGGUCUUGCCUGGAUCUUUAUCGUCAUGGCCGCCUGUAGUACCUACUACCGUACCUCCCUGCGCCGUGUUCGUCGAAACUUCCGCGACGAUAUCAACCGCGAAAUGGCCAAGCAGCGUUUAGAAACCGACACCGAGAGUCUUGAAUGGAUCAACAGUUUCCUCGUGAAGUUCUGGCCUAUCUACGCCCCCGUUCUCUGUGACUCGAUCAUCAACUCCGUCGACCAGGUCCUUAGUACGGCCACUCCGGCCAUGCUUGACAGCUUGCGUCUGAAGACCUUCAUCCUCGGUACGAAGCCGCCGCGCUUGGAGCACGUCAAGACAUACCCCAAGACCGAAGUCGACACCGUCGUCAUGGACUGGAAAUUCAGCUUUACGCCCAACGACACCAUGGACUUGACAGCGCGCCAGCUCAAGAACAAGAUCAACCCCAAGGUUGUUCUCGAAGUUCGUUUGGGUAAGGGUGUUGUCAGCAAGGGUCUCGACGUGAUCGUGGAAGACAUGGCCUGCAGCGGUUUGAUGCGAGUCAAGGUCAAGCUCCAGAUUCCCUUCCCGCACAUUGAGCGUGUCGACGUUUGCUUCCUGGACCGCCCUGAGAUUGACUACGUCUGCAAGCCGCUCGGUGGUGACACCCUGGGCUUUGAUAUCAACUUCAUUCCUGGUCUCGAAAGCUUCAUCAAAGAUCAGAUCCACAACAACCUCGGUCCCAUGAUGUAUGCUCCUAACGUCUUCCCCGUCGAGAUUGCCAAGAUGCUGGCCGGAAACCCCGUCGACCAAGCCAUCGGUGUCGUGGCUAUCACACUGCACGGAGCUCAUCACCUGAAGAACCCCGACAAGUUCUCGGGCACUCCUGAUCCGUAUGCCACCGUCGCGCUCAACAGCCGCAACGAACUGGGCCGGACCAAGACCGUUCACGACACCGAUAGCCCCCGAUGGGGUGACACUGUGUACGUAAUUAUCACCUCGUUUGCCGACGCCUUGACCAUCCACCCCUACGACUGGAACGAAUUCCGAAAGGACAAGGAACUGGGAACAGCCACUUUUGCUUUGGACCGGCUGGAAGAGCAGUCUGAGCACGAGAGUAUUUACCUCGAUGUCAUGGCUAGCGGCCGAACUCGCGGUGUAAUUCAUGCCGAUGUGCGGUUCUUUCCCGUUCUCGAAGGCCGGAAAUUGGAAAAUGGCGAGAUGGAGCCCGCUCCCGAGCUCAACACUGGCAUUGCUCGGUUUACGGUUGAGCAGGCCAAGGACUUGGACGCGCACAAGAGUAUCGUGGGCCAGCUCAACCCCUACGGUGUACUUCUCCUCAACGGCAAGGAAAUCCAUAUCACGAAGAAGCUCAAGCGUACCAACAACCCCAUUUUCCAAAAUGCGUCCAAGGAAUUCCUGGUCACGGAUCGGAAGUCGGCUCGUUUGGGUUUGGUAAUUAAGGAUGAUCGCGACAUUGUGGCGGAUCCGAUUAUUGGCAAGUACCAGAUCAGAUUGAACGACUUGAUCAAGAUGAAUGAGAAGGGCCAGGACUGGUUCCAUUUGCACGGGGCUAAGACUGGUCGUGCCAAACUGACGCUGCAGUGGAAGCCCGUGGCUGUGGGAGGUAUCUCGGGCAGUGCUGGCUAUGUCGACCCGAUCGGCGUCAUGCGUUUCCACUUCAAGAGCGCGACUAAUCUCCGCAACCUGGAGACGAUGGGCAAGUCUGAUCCUUACGCUCGGGUGAUGCUUUCUGGUAUCAUGAAGGCUCGUACGGUGACAUUCCGCAACAACUUGAACCCCGAAUGGGACGAAGUGGUUUAUGUUCCGAUCCAUAGCCCUCGCGAGAAACUCGCAGUGGAGGUCAUGGACGAGGAAUCCAUGGGUAGCGACCGAUCCCUAGGCUCUGUCGAACUGUCAGCUUCCGAUUACGUCCACGAGACGGAGACUGGCGAGUAUGACAUUGAUGACGAGAAGCAACCUGUCUCCAGUAACCUCAAGAUCGGCAAUGGACAGCCCAAGGGUACUAUUCACUACACAGUCGCCUUCUAUCCUAGCAUCCCUGUUGUCAACCCCGAAGAGGAGGCUGAAGAGGAAGAAGCGGAGCAAGAGGACACCAAUGGCGAACCUCCGACUCCGACUCUGUCAAGGAGGAGCACCGAAUCCAGACCCAAGGUGUCUCACUCCAAAUCGCUCAGCACGGACUCGAAGGUCACGAACGGCACCACGUCCAAUGGCGAAGCCAACGGCCGUGCCAGUCUCGAGACCGUCGGAUCUCGUCCUACAACUGCCAAGGACUCGGAGGCCAUGUCGAUCAAGUCGACCCAGAUUCCCAAAACCUACGUUGGUGUGGAAGAUCUUCACAACUACGAGUCUGGAUUCAUCGUCUACAAGUUCCACGAGGUGCAGCUUGCCCAUUCCAACGUGCAGUUGGAAGCUGUAAUGGACGACUACAUGUUCCCCGCCUACGUUUCACCUAAGCUUCGCUCGAAAUCAGUCAAGCUUGGAGAUGUUGGCGACGCUUUUGUGCGUGAGCUUGAGUUCUCCAAGAUCACGCUGCGCCUGGUGGAUAAGAACGACCCCAAGGACGACAGUGAUGAACAUUCCGUUGCCAAGUUGGCCGGAGACACCUUUACGACUUUGCAACGUAUUCUUUACAACCCAACGGAAUUGGCCCUGCGUAGCGAGCACGGGGAAGUGAGCAAAGUCACGGUCAGUGCCAGGUACAUUCCCGUCAAGAUGAAGCUCGAUCCUUCCGAGAGUAUCAACAACAUGGGUACUCUGCGUGUGGACGUGUUGGACGCCGCGGAGCUUCCGUCGGCCGACCGUAACGGUUUCAGUGACCCGUACUGCAAAUUCCGACUGGAGGACAAAGAAAUUUUCAAAACCAAGGUGCAGAAGAAGACUCUCCACCCAGCUUGGAAUGAAUUUUUCGAGACUCCGGUCAAGACCCGUAUCGGCUCCGACUUCCGCGUCGAUGUGUACGACUGGGACUUUGGAGACAAAGCCGAUUACCUGGGUGGUACCCCGAUCAAUCUUGAAACGUUGGAACCGUUCCACAGCCAGGAGGUGUCCCUCACCCUGGACGGCAAGUCGGGUGCCAUCCGCUUGAAGUUGCUCUUCAAGCCCACCUACGUGAUGCGUGCGCGACAGGGAUCGUCUACUUUCUCGGGUACGUUCGCCACCCCCGGCAAGAUUGUUGGGGCGCCCGUCAAGGGUGUUGGUUUCGUUGGAGGCAACGUUAUCAAGGGAGCAUCGUUCCUCAAGCACGGCAUCAAGUCGCGAUUCUCCAAGGGCGGUGGUGAUGACGCUUCAUCUACCACCAGUGGUGAUGCUGCUGAGGAGCCAGCUGAGAGUGAAGACGCCGUUGGAAACCUGGCGCCGUCUGCAGUCCUCGUUGAGGGCCCUACUCCACCAGGCUCGUCUGCCAACAGCCAGCGACACGAGCGGACACGCAGCGUGGCCUCGCACUUUAGCGACCGUCUCGGCAUCGGCGGUGGUGGUGGCAAGGGAGACACCGGCACUGCAACCAUCUCCAUCGUCUCGGCUAGCGGGUUCCCAUCUGGAGCCAACAUUCGCGUGUUCGUCAAGAAGGGCAAUAAGGAUGUGCACAAGUCCAAGGCAAUCAAGGCAAGCGGUGGCGCGGUGCAGUUUGACUCUUCUCACGAAACCUGCCGGGUGCACAACACUACGGAGGACGCUCAGUACCAUAUCCGAGUGGUCGACCACGCGACGUUUGGUUCUGACGACCUUCUGGGCGAGGCCCUCUUCUUCGUGAGCAACCAAGGCUCUGGCGCCGGACAGGAGAAGGCUGUCACCGUUGGUAACGGAAGCGUUUCGAUCCGCAGCAGCUUCAGCUCGCCGGAAUCGGCAUCGCUCCGUCCGACUACAUCUCACUCUAACACUGGCGACAAUGUGUCGGAAAUAAUGGAUAGCCCGGACUCGAAGAAGCUAGGCCGUCGCAGCUUCUUGAGUAAGAGGAGCGUUAGUGGGGCAUGA